UCAGGGGGAAAUCGGCCAGCUGGACCGGGAAUACGAUACUUUCCCCCCGGAAACUUGCAGCCGGUACCAACAUUGUGGUGCGUUUGGAGGGAAGGACAUGGCGCCCAUCAACAAGUAGGCUUCUGUGGUCGGUUUAUCACUUUACUUAGUCCAGCUGUAAUCUGCCCACAGCCUGCUUUUGUCUACGACAGUAUUUACAGUCGAGUGGAGACGUACACGAACGGAAAUCGGCGCUUUGUAUUAAGUCCUGAAAAAACUGGCCUCCUGAAGAAGUUCGCGCUGACCGCGCAGCGAGGGGAACCUCUGUGUUCAGUCUGGCUGCGAGUUCAAACCCCGCACUCAAGAGUGCGUUCCCCUGUUCCUCGCCUCAGUAAGCGGUCAGCUUUGGUUGAGUUCAGCAGCCCAUGAGGGAGAAGAGGAGCUGAGCGGGCUCCGCUGGGGUUUUCAGGCUGAGGAGCAGCAGGAGGGAGGCAGCAGCUUUUCGCCCAGAAAGAUGGCACACCGAGGGGGCAUUUCUACACACCCCUGCAGACCUCUUCCCUUAGUCCUCCUCGCUUUGGUGGUCAUAGUGAUGGUCUACACUGUUGGAGCAACAGAGCCGGACGAGGAGUUCAAGGCAGAGUCAUGGCUGAGGACCUACGGCUACCUGUCCCAAGCCAGCAGACAGAUGUCCACCAUGCAGUCAGCUCACAUUCUGUCCAGUGCUAUCAAAGACAUGCAGCUCUUCUACGGCCUGGAGGUCACGGGCCAGAUGGACGAAGCCACUGUGAAAGCUAUGAAGCGCCCACGCUGCGGAGUGCCUGACCGCUUCGAGGAGUCGAGCGAAGGAAGUGUCAGGCGAAAGCGCUUUGCUCUGACAGGACAUAAGUGGGAUAAAGACAAACUAACUUACAGCAUUCAGAACCACUCCCCCAGAGUCGGCCAGCAGCAGUCCUACGAGGCCAUCCGGAGAGCCUUCCGUGUUUGGGAGAAAGUGACUCCCCUACAGUUUGAGGAGAUUCCUUACCAUGACAUUAAAAACGGCAGCGAAGGGCCUGAUAUUAUUUUGCUCUUUGCCUCUGGGUACCAUGGAGACAUGUCUCUCUUUGAUGGUGAGGGAGGGUCACUGGCUCAUGCAUUCUUCCCUGGUCCUGGGAUGGGAGGGGACACACACUUUGAUAUGGAUGAACCCUGGACACUCAACCAACAGGAAGGAACAGGCGUUGACCUGUUUUUGGUUGCGGUUCAUGAGUUGGGGCAUGCACUGGGUCUGGAGCACUCCGAUGACCCCUUGGCCAUCAUGGCUCCCUUCUACCAGUGGAUAAACCCAGAGAGCUUCUCCCUGGGCAAGGACGACAUCAGUGGGAUUCACCAGAUCUACGGCCCUCCUGAGACACCAACUACCCCGCCAUUGCCCACCACUACAGUCUCAUAUACUACCACACCUGAGCCAGAGCCCACGACCACCAUGGCCUCCACAACAACCACCAGACCCCCUCAAAGACCUACCCAGCCAUGGGUUCCUCCAGCCACCCCUACUAGACGGCCCCACAGACCCAAACCCACUAGCCGUUCAGACCAAGGUGCCCCAAACAUCUGUGAAGGAGAUUUUGACACAGUGACCAUGCUGAGGGGUGAAAUGUUUGUCUUCAAGGGUCGUUGGUUCUGGCGGGUCAGGAGGAAUCGAGUUCUAGAUAACUACCCCAUGCCUAUUUCUUUCUUCUGGGUGGGACUGCCUGAGGACAUAGAUGCUGCCUAUGAACGUCACGAUGGGAAAUUUGUGUUUUUCAAAGGCAGUCAGUACUGGCUCUUCAGGGAAGCUGAUGUGUUGCCUGGUUAUCCUCAGGACCUGUUUCGCUAUGGUCAUGGUAUGCCUGACAGAGUGGACACAGCUGUGUGGUGGGAGCCCUCUGGCUACACCUACUUCUUCAGAGGAGACAGAUACUGGCGUUUCAGUGAAGAGUCACAGGCUGUGGAUAAAGACUACCCCAAACACAUCAGCGUUUGGGGCUCCAUCCCUGCCUUUCCUAAAGGGGCCUUCCUCAGCGAUGAUGGAGUGUACACCUACUUCUACAAAGGCACCAAAUACUGGCGAUUUGACAACAAGCGAAUGAAGAUUGAUCCUGGUUACCCAAGAUCCAUCUUAAACGACUUCAUGGGCUGCCGGGUUGACUUUGAUGCAGGUCCUGAUAUACACAACCAGUGGCCGGAGACGGGAGACCGGGAAAAAGACACCGACGACUACAAAGACGACGUCGAUGACGUCGAUGGCGACGAUACCCAUAAUACUGACGAUGAUGUAAAGAAGGAGGUAGAUGAGGUGUUUCCAGUGAAAGAGACUGAUGACCACGUCAUGACGCUCAUCUUGGUGAUUGUGCCUUUGGUCCUGGUGCUGUGCAUUCUGGGAGUGAUUUACGUCAUCAUCACCACACUGCAGAACAAAGAGACGCCCAAAGUGCUGGUUCACUGUAGACGUUCCUUACAGGAGUGGGUGUGAUGCGCAACUUUCUCAGACACUCUCGCUGUUCAGUGUCUCCUCUUUCAGCACAUACGUUCUCCUCAGCGAAACUCACUCCUUGCCUUCACACAACUGUGGUGCUCUACCCCAUUCGUGACUCUGUUCUCAACUGAGAAUUUGCACUUUUGUGUCUUUUUGUGGUUUUAUCGUGAGUUUAGUGUUUGGUUCUAGUCUGUGUUGUGUGCGUUAGAGGUCUGCUGCCUGACCCGAGCCAGAGGAGGGUAGAGGAUAGGCUUUUUCAUGGGCUCAGGUUAGGAUUAUUUUCUAAUGGGAAUUUCUUUUAAGGAAUAUGCCUACAAAAUUCCCUUCACAUGUUCUUUUUCUUCCAUGCUUUCUCUCUCUUUCUCUAGCCUAUAGCCAUGUUUGGAAUAGCUCUGGAUUGUAAGCAGUGGGUGAACAUGCCCCUGAAUGAAACUGGGACAGGGAGGUUGAACUGUAGAUCAGUCAGUCACACCGUGGAUGAUGUGUUGGAUUAGUGGUCGAUGCAGAUAUUUUCACUUGCUUGUUAAGUUCACCUGAGGUUUGUAGCAGCAGUUGCAUGAGGAAUUUGGGUCAGAGGACGUUGGAUGCUGUUCUUUGCCAGGUAUGAUCAGCAGAUAAUACCAAAAUAUGUUGGUAUUAAAGACUGUUAGUGUAUAACAGAUGUGUGAAAUAUAGGGAUGUGCACAGGUACUCAAGUUAACCAUUCAAGGUGCCAGAAUUCCAACACUAAAUUUCUUUGGGUAUGUGUUAUGUUUCAGCACAGGAAGACAAAUUUACAGACCCAGAAUGUUUAAACAGAUCUGUAGGCCAAGAUCUGUUUUGCAAGUAAAUCAGUCAUACUUCGCUACUCCUAAACACAAGUGCAUAAAUGUGGGCGCGUUGCCAAGGAUGUAACUGAGAAGGUAGGGGCUAAAUCUCAAAUGGUUAGUGCACUGCAUCGGCCAUGAAACGAAGGCUACUACACACAGAUACUGCUCUAAAUUUUACAUAGGGAGUCGUGCGACUAAUGGAUGAAUAUUAAUGGCUUUCUGUUCAACAUAGAAUUUACUAUUUGGGUGACUUACACAGGGCACUACAUAGGGCCAUUUGAGAUUCAACCAGAGUGCUGCUUUUAUCACUAAAUCUGAUGUUGGGAAAAAUGUCAGCGAAAAAAAAUUGUUUGACAAACUAACUGUUGGCACGUCAUUCAGGAUGGAAAAAAACACCUGUAGACGAUGAUGAGUAUCUAACAGCAUCCAGUGUUAGCUGUGGUUUUAGGCUGCUUUUAUUUGUUGAAACUUUCAUGCACUAGUUGCAUGUUGUAAGUCGUCGGCAGCAGAAUUUCUGUGCAACUUGACAGUAAUAUAAAAACAAAGUUGCACGCAACACAAUAGUCUCCUUUUCAUCUGCUCAAUAAACCAUCUUGUUUUAUGUUCACUGAAAUGAUGUGCGACGUGACCAUGUGAUGUGUUGUUGCUGAUUUGAUUGGCUGUUUUCAAACUUGGUGCACAACAUUGAGGUGUUUGCAGCUGUUGCAUCCGAGUUUCGAAUGAGUUACAGAAUGCUUUACGCAUUAUGCAAUGUAUUUUUGUGUAGGUUUCAAGCAAUUGAAGUUAGCCUUAGCUCAUUAGCUCAUCUGAGACAGUCUGUUAGGUUACUUCUCGGACACGGAAACCUACCAGUAUCCCUAGUGUGUUUUUGAAUAAUAAAACAUCUUGUGAAUUAUGUGCAACACCAGUGCUGUCACUUUAAGUUCUCCAUUAAUUUCAGAUUUUCGGGUCAGGCUCGGGUUUCACAUUCAGCAGUUCCAGUCGGAUCUGUUCGGGUCAAGCCUCAAAGCCGCGGGUCGGGUUCUGGCUUCAAUUUCAUGCCCUUGCAGACCUCUAGUGCAUAUGUGCAUGUACAUGUUUAUGUCUUGUCUAUGUGCAUAAAUCAGACUUUCUUUUUCCCUAAUGAGCCCAAACUUUACAACUGUGGGAAAGUUGGAUGUGUUGAGCAAUUUCUUUGUCAGCAAAUUUCUCUUGGUUCCCUCUAAGUAGCCUGAAGCAAGAGCCUAAAGUCUAACUGUUGAGGAAAGGACACGGUUAAAAUAGUUUGGCUUAAUAAAUAGAAUUGCACAUACUUAGAAGGUUUACUGUCUGUGCCUAUGGGCCAAGCUUGGCUUACAUUGCACAGAUGUUGCUGAUUUAGGGCUUUGGAAAGAGAGACAGAGAGAGGAAGAGAGCAAGAGAAAGCGAGGGAGGGAGGCAGAAGAUGGGGGGAAGGGGCUUCUUAGCCAGCCAGCAUUUCCUUCUCUUCAGUUCCAUCGAGUUUGCCAAACCAGGGGGUGGAGGAGGGGAGCUGAGCUGGGGCGUGGCCCUACUGUCACCAUGACCUACAUUAGCAUGGCCUGCAACUCUUUCUUAUGGGUUUCUCUCUCUUGAAGAGGGGGGAAAAAGUCUGCCUUCCAGUGGAGCGUUGUUUUCUCUGCCGUGUUUUUACCACAGGCUCCCCUUCCCCAGAGCCUUUGUUUAUGAGAAGCAUUCCGGCCUUGGCUUUCUCUCCACUAGUGCCUCUGCAGGCUGAGCCGGGGCUGCUGUGAUAGGGCUCACUGUGUCUCACAUGGAGCUCUUUGUUUUUACUGAGCGAUGGCCCAGCCACCGUGGGCUUUCCUGCUAUUCGCCCAAACAAAUUUGUGCAUUUUCAGCAGAAAAUUCUUUUGUCUGUCAGUGCCUUGAACAUCGGCCUUUAAUGUUUGAAACCUGGUUCUUUGUACUGUGUUUUUAGGAAUGUGUUUUUCUCCUUUCUUAAACUUCUUUGAUUAAUGGACAAAAGGAAAAAUGCUUUUUUUUUUUUUUUUGAAUGUCUGAUUUACAUUAACAUUGUUUUGUAUUAACAAAUAAUUGACUGAAUCAUGCAGGGCAUGUAUUGCUUUUUUGUACACAGGUAGCCUAUUAUAUCUUGCUCAUAAUAAAAACAGGUUGUACCAGAAAAAGUAA